AUUUAUGAUGUUAGAAAUCCCAAUGAUCAAUAAAUUGAAUACAAAGAUAGAACCAACCUUUGAUUGCACUAGUUCCAAACUUUAUGACAAAGGAGAAAACAUUUAUAUUCCAUUAGAUGGUAGACUAACAACAGAUUAAUUUACAUUCUUACCCAAUUAAGCAUUUACACAAAUGGGGCUUUGUUAAUAAAGUUUGUAUGCUUUAAAAAAAGAGAGCUAUAAUCAUAGAGUAUUAAUAAUAAAAGUGAAUAAUAUAUGGCCUCAUCUAGAUUAUGAAAUAAAGGAAGAUUUCAAGUAUCUUCAACUGAUAACACAAAACAAACUUUUAAACAAAUAUUCUACAUUACCUACAUUCUUAUUCUAAUAUCUUGAUAGGAUUAUAGUUUUGAAUAAACAAAUAGUUAAUAUAGAGAAUUCCAUUUUGUUUAUUGCUGAUGGAAUUAUGUUUCAGAAUGGAAGACAAGUUAUUAAUCAUUUUGAAGGAGAAGCUGUUGCAAUUACUGAAUGUAGAUUAUAUGGCUUAAAAAAAUCAAGUAUAUAGAAUAUGUUUAUAAGGAUAUUUAAUAUUUGACUUUAUUUGGUGAAUGUAAUGUCAAAUUAACUCUCCAUAAUCAAGAAC